AUGGAGAGUGAUGACAGUAUAAGUGAUGACCAUUUUUUCGAUGAUGGAGAUGAACAGCCCACUGAGGAGAGUAAUGUCCCAUCCCAAAAAGUGGAGAAAUCAACGGGAAAGUACGUAGUUGUACAAUUGGAGCAAAGCUAUUUUCCUGGUGAAAUUACUAAUGUCUCGACGGUAGAAGCAACCGUAAAUGUGAUGGAACGCGCUUGA